AGCUAAAAGCCCCUCCAGGUUUCUUACGAGUUCAUUUUAAUGAAGAUGGAAGCGUCCCACAGCUGGUACCAGCUCUCGCUGACACCGAGUCGAGGCAAGGCUUCGCGGUUAUUGCUGGAUGGAUCUCGUAGAGAAAUGAUGGACUUUCACGUUCUUAGAAAGGAGAAGAUGGUAAAAUUUUUCAUGGGAGGUUUUCUUUCAUCUAAAUGCGGGCAAGUUUGGCUAAGGCCCAUCUCUAUUAAUUCUAAGAAAGAUGCCCUCCAAGUGUCCAUAAUGAAAAGCAAUGAGUUAUUCAUUGCAGAGGAAGUUACCAUUCAGCUUUGAGCAAGGGCUUAUUCUUGCGAACUCGUUGAUGUUGAUGCUACCUUUUCAAGCUUUAGCUGAAACAUGCGGAAUCGGUAACUCAGUGCUCAGCAUGCCUGUGUCAUUUUUUGUGGCUCUUAUUGGUGCAGCUGUAGGUGGUUUGCUUGCACGGAAAAGAAAAGGGGAGUUGAAGCGGGUUAAUGAUCAAUUGCGCCAAAUCAAUGAAACACUCAGAAGACAAGCAAAGAUAGAAUCUCAUGCCCCUGACUUGAGCUAUGCCCCGGUAGGCAGGUUAACAGCCAAGGAAGUUGUAGAUCCUCGGAGAGAGAAACUAAUUUCUAGUCUGAGAACCGGUAAAAACUACCUUAGGAAUCAAGAUUUUGAAAGGGCAGCUGCAGACUUCAAACUAGCUCUGGAGCUUGCUCAGAGUUUGGGAGAGCAUGCGGAGGAAAAGAAGGCUGCAAGAGGUUUAGGUGCAUCACUACAAAGGCAAGGGAAAUUCGAAGAUGCCAUGUUGUACUACUCCAGGGUUUUAGCAAUAUCCAAAUUAGAAGGUGAGGAUUCUGCGACUACAGAGGCCUAUGGUGCGAUAGCUGACUGCUUUACUGAACUUGGAGACCUGGAGCGAGCAGCAAACUAUUAUGAUAAGUACAUUGAAAGGCUAGUAGCCAACUAAAUUUGGCUCAGGUACCCUCACUUUUAUGGAAAUUUAGCUUUUCUUUCGGUUAAUACCACUAUAGAUCGUAAGCACAGAUCUUUUUUUUUUUUUUUUUCUAAGCAAAUUUUAUCUUUCUAGAUUUUUUUCUCAAUAAAUCACAGCAUUUGGCACCCAGGCUAAGAUUAAGAGAGAAACAUGCUGAAAGAUGCCAAAUUUAUGUAAAGGCUCAUUUAAUGGGAUGCAUAAACAAAAGUGUUUGGAAUUCUUUACUUUUAAAUUUAUUUUAUUUUGUUCAAUAAUUGAAUUUGAA